GCGGAAGUGGAGGGUUCCACAGGUAGACAGUGUUUCGUACACAGUGACAAUCGGGAAUUAAAGUCGUUCAUUUGACGCGGAUAUCAAACGCUAUUGAGACGCAUGCAGCCCUGUGUGCCAUGAUUCCAAUAGCGGUUGUGGUGUGUGUGAUGGGCGGGUGGUGUACGGUGUAUCUGACGGACACACUGCUACGGUCGUCCAGCUUGGUGAAGAACCGCUAUGAAUCGUGGUUGUCAUCUAAUGGAUUUACUCUGUCUCCCUUCCACAUCAGAUGGCACACCGGCAUCUUCAACCGUCUCUUUGCCAGAUGUGCCCAUCUUAACCCUCGCUUUCUGUACAUUUGGUUCAGUGCUGGUAUGGUGUUUGGAGUUCUUUCGAUGUUUGUGUCUGUGGUUCUGCUGAGCAAAACUUUACUGCAGACUCUGAGUCAGAUGUUGGCAGAGACGCCGGAGGGAUCCCACCAACAAAUCUUGCAAGUGGUGGUGCCUGGUGUGAACCUGCCUGUCAGUCAGCUGGCUUAUUUCUUCAUUGCCAUCUUGGUCAGUGGCGUUAUACAUGAGUUUGGCCAUGGGGUGGCAGCACUGAGAGAGCAGGUGAGGUUGAAUGGUUUUGGCAUGUUCAUGUUUGUGGUUUACCCUGGAGCGUUUGUUGAUCUCUUCACCACACAUUUGAACCUCAUCUCCCCGGUACAGCAGUUAAGAAUAUUCUGUGCAGGUGUGUGGCACAACUUCAUGCUAUGUGUCAUGGCCCUCAGCUUCCUGUUCCUGCUGCCCAUCAUCCUGUUUCCCUUCUACUACACUGGAGCAGGAGCACUGGUCACUGAUGUGGUGGAGGGCUCUCCCUCGAGUGGACCUCGUGGGCUGUUUUUAGGAGAUCUAGUCACCCAGCUGGAAGAUUGCACUGUUAGGGGUGUGCAAGACUGGCACAACUGUGUUCAACAUCUGUCCCAUAAUCCUCAGACAGGCUACUGCGUCCAUACUGCCAAGCUACAACUCAGCUGGAUGGCAGGGAGAGCAUAUAAACGCCUUGAUGGCACUAUGGAGUGCUGUAGUAACAACAGUAUGACAGACCUCUGCUUCUCUUACAGUAAUAACCUAGAGAGCAAACUGUUCGCCUGCCUGCUGGUUAGAAAAACCAUUGAAGCAAGCCGUACAUGCCGUACAAACACAGACUGUCAAACAGACUUCAUCCCGAGCUUGUGUUUAAUCCCUUCUCUGGAGAACCAGACUAGACUGUUUCGGGUCAAACACCCGCCGCAGGCAGAUAUGCUGUUCGUUGGAUACCCUUCACACCUCCAGUAUUCAGUGAGUCUCACCAAUUUUGUUCCUCGUUUGGGUUUUCUUUACCCUGAUCUGCCUGUCAUGCUGGAGACUUUCUGCAAAUAUCUGAUAUCACUGUCGGGGGCUCUGGCAGUGGUAAACUCUGUUCCAUGCUUUGCUCUGGAUGGCCAGUGGAUGCUGACUGCGUUUCUCGAGGCCACACUAAGCUCACUGAUUCCAGAGAGGAAGAACCGAGAGCUGAUUGGCUUCUUUUUUCUCCUCGGGGGCAGUGCCCUUCUAGCAGCCAACGUGGCUCUGGGCCUGUGGAUGGUCACAGCUCGGUAACGGUUCGCUUUCUCCUCCAAUCAGACUGCUUGGGGGGCGUGUUUACUGAAGAACCUGCUUGUACCACCAGAUGAAUAGUCUUGGUGUGUAAUUUGUAGUGGUGGAAAUUGCAAUUGGCAAUUUUUCCCACUCACCAAAGAAAGGGCCAGAGGGAUCGAAACCUGCUGUACCUCAAAAUGAGUUUGUGCAGCAAACUGCUUGAUCGAUUUGUUCUUAGGUCUGAAUUGCAACAAAAAUAAGCUGUGAAAAUUAUUUUGAUGCUGCAUGCUUUUACUGUACACCAAGACCUCAGGACUGCACCAAUUGUGCCCUCUUUGAUAAAUACACACUCAAACAGGCACAUUGAGUGAUUUGAGUCAAAAGUGUGACUGUUUUGUGUAAACCCACAAAUGACAAUGUAUCAACAUAUACAAAUAUAUGGAGGCCUUUUUAGGCAUUUCCUGCCUGUUUUACAUCUCUGUCUUCCUGAAGUUCAUAUUCUCACAAAUAGUAGGUUGUAUUGGUACGUGGUACCUUCUGUUCUGUGUAUGUAGUUCACUUUUUCCGCACACCCAAGCAAUUUCCACUGCACUGUAGAAAUAAAGCCAUUAAAAACUUUAUUAACCCCUGGAGGGAAAUUUGGGCAUUACAGCAGCAAGACUUGGACAGCAGGUGCUAACAGCCUAAAGGCUAUAUCUUAAAAAUGUAACUCACAUCUGUAAAUGGAAUAUAAAUGUGUAAUAUAUAUAUAUAUAUAAUAUUGACUGUACACAUACACCAUAGCAUGAAAAGCCUGUUGCUAAACAUGCUCCAGAGUGGAAUAGUAUUCACAUUGCAGCUGAUGGGAAGUGUUAAUACUGGUUAUGAUCUGUUUUAAUGUGUAUACUUUACUGAAAUAUUCAAAGACAUUGUUGGAAGAUCAGAACUGCAGCCUUUAGCACAAGCUUGGAUUACCCCAACAACAAUUAGCCAGACUAUUGGUCACAACUGCACUAAACUAGGAAUUACUUGUUGAAUAUGGUCAAUUUUAAAGGUAUUUUGAUCUCCUUUUAUUAUUUGGGUCAGGAAGGACAUCAAAGAUAACAUUGUACACACAGUUUAUAAAUGACAUUUACAAAAGCCUUUUAAUGUCAUUGGCUUAUUUGUUUGAGGAGCUAGAGGUUGGUCUUGCUCCGAUGUUUGGUAACUCUCCUUCUGUUUGAUAUUCUGUUCUAUUCUUUUUUCCAUACUCUACCCCCUCAGAUAGGAAAAUGUGUUCCUGAGCUGAAGAAUGGAAGAUGUUAAACAAUGGUUGUGUUUGGAAUGGAAUACUAGCAAACUGUUUAGUGCAUACUGUACAGUGUAUACUGUAAAUACUAAUAAUUACCUCAUAUUAAAAAAAAAUUGUUUACUCAACUUAAGCUGAAUUUUU